UAUGAGAAUGCGAAGGCUACCUUUCCAAUCGCAAUCUUCCAUUUAGGCGCUCCCAUUCAAUCAUGUUUUCACGCAUUUUCGCGCCGUUUGCUGUGAUCGCCAACUCAUUAUAUCCCCUUGUGUCGUGUGUCCCGACGACUUCAUUCGAUAUUAUGUCCAGGACCCCUGCCUCAGGUAUCGAUGUGGAGGCCCUGGUUCCGAAACUCUCACCAAGCGCCAAAAUAUACCUUCCCGGCACCGACGAAUUCAUCACCUACACAACGCGUUGGUCCAACCUCGAAGCUCCGACUCCCAGCAUUGUGAUUGCUCCUGGUACGGAAAACGAUGUUCAGCACAUUGUCAAAUUCGCAAAUGAGCAUGACGUUCCAUUUCUUACAUACAACGGGCAUCAUGGCACACUUACUACUUUAGGCAAGAUGGAUUAUGGGAUCGAAAUAUACAUGCCACAGCUGGAUUCCCUUGCUAUUAGCAAAGAUGGUAAAUCGGUGACUGUUGGUGGCGGUAUCAACUCUAAAAAAUUGAUUGAUAUGCUUUGGGCAGCUGGAAAGCAAACUGUCACCGGAUGCUGUGAAUGCGUUAGCUUUUUGGGGCCUGCGUUGGGUGGGGGGCAUGGCUGGUUGCAGGGUCAUCACGGGCUUAUUACCGACCAAUUUGAGUCUAUGAACAUUGUCCUCGCCAAUGGCGACUUCAAAAGUAUUGACAGCCGAUCGGAUCUGUGGUGGGGUAUGCAAGGGGCGGGCCACAACUUCGGAAUCGUCACAUCCGUUACUACUAAGAUUUACGACAUCGAGCACUCGAACUGGGCGAUUGAGACAAUCGUUUUCAGUGGAGACAAGGUUGAAGAGGUCUACCAAGCUGCCAAUGAAUACAUACUGAGGGGUGGGAAUCAAUCAGUCGAAAUCCAGAAUUGGUCGUACUGGCAGAACGACGCUACACUGGAUUCGGAAAAGCCAGUCAUAAUCAUGUACAUCAUCCAAGAAGGUGUUACUUCCGUGGAUUCCAAGUACACUGCUCCCUUUCACGAUAUCGGUCCUCUCACCAUCACUCCCCAGUCCGGCACUUACCUUGACCUCGCCAAAUGGACCGGCAUUGCCCUUGAUUCGCCUCCUUGUCAAGACUUUGGUUUCAGCAACCCGAGAUUUCCUAUCUACACCUCCACCUACAAUAUCACCGCCCAACGCAAGGCAUAUGACCUUUACGCGUCAGCCAUUUCUGGUGCGGAUAACCCAUACUACAACUCGAUAUUUAUGUUCGAAGACUAUCCUAGCGACGGUGUCCGUAAUCGCGAAAAUGGCGCUAGUGCUUUCGGGUUCCGAAAUGACUACCUGCUCUCUGCUCCCCUUAUCAUUUACAACUCUACCGGCCAGGCCCAAGACGAUGCUGUUAAGCAACUUGGUACUCAACUCCGAAACAUUAUCUGGGAGGGUACUGGCAAGAACGAACUUCAUACGUAUGUCAAUUAUGCGUAUGGAAACGAGGGAUCACCAAGCUGGUAUGGUCACGAGGAGUGGAGGCAGGAGAAGCUGAAGGCGCUCAAAAGAAAGUAUGACCCUAAGGGUAAAUUUAGCUUCUAUGCGCCGAUAGCAUGAAGCAGGUCCGGACUGUAAA